AUGACAGCGAAGUGGAGAGUGAAGACCGCGAUGGGCAUGAAGAAGCAGCAGGAGACGAAGGACACGCAGGACACGCAGGAGAAGCGGGAGAAGUGUUCGCGCCCAGCAGGGCCUUGGGGUGGUGAAGGUGAAGAUGUGUCCUAUGAUAGCUACGACGACGAAGAAGAAGAUGAGGAGGAGGAAGACGGGCUUGCACCUCGCAGACCAGCAGUGCAACACAUGCUCCAUGUUGAGCAGAGCAGCGCAUACAUGGACGCGGACUCCAGCUCCGAAGAAGAGGACGGCCUCUGCUCUUGA